AUGAAGCGCGCACGUCAAGCCUCCCCGGGCAGUUGGGACAGGAAGCUGCUGGAAGUUGAAGAGAAGGACCCCAAUCGGUGGCGCCACACCGGCUACAAGCAGUUGUAUUUAGACGGUUCGGGUUCCGUGUCACCGCGUCGGUCCAGGUCACCAGUACUCGGAAGACGUUCUAGGUCUCCAGUGGUACGCCGAUCCCGGUCUCCAGUAGUACGGCGAUCCCGGUCGCCAAUGGUGCGUCGAUCUCGGUCUCCAGUGGGUCGUCGGUCUCCUAUCGUACGUCGAUCCCGGUCCCCAGUGGGUCGUCGGUCGCGGUCUCCGGUGACGCGUCGGUCUCGGUCUGCUCGACGCAGUCCACGCAAGUCACGCUCCCGUUCGCCACGGCGCAGUCCCCGUAGGAGUCCUCGUAGGAGCCCUAUCAGGUCUCCAGUGGUACGCCGAUCCCGGUCUCCAGUAGUACGGCGAUCCCGGUCGCCUAUGGUGCGUCGAUCUCGGUCUCCAGUGGGUCGUCGGUCUCCUAUCGUACGUCGAUCCCGGUCUCCAGUGGGUCGUCGGUCGCGGUCUCCGGUGACGCGUCGGUCUCGGUCUGCUCGACGCAGUCCACGCAAGUCACGCUCCCGUUCGCCACGGCGCAGUCCCCGUAGGAGUCCUCGUAGGAGCCCUAUCAGACGCAGUGCGGGGCGCAGCAGCCCGCGCAGGCGGCGCGCGCGCCCCGCGCCCCCGCCCCCGCAGCGCGCGCCGCGCCCGCCCUCGCCGCCCGCGCCCCGCCAGUCGUCCCCGUCAGGUUCAUCGGGGAGCAGCUGUUCAGAUGAGUCCUGCUCAGUCUGCUCUGCCAAGAAUAAGAAAGGGCCUCCGCCACCCAAGCCUGUAAAGCCCGGUUCAACUUCACCGGGAUGUGCUGCAGUGGCUAAACGGGCUCCACCAACCACAAGAGCUACACGAGUCGUGCAGCCCACGCGUGAAUUGCUCAAAGCCAGGGAGGCUAGUAAGAGGACUCGGGAGGAGAAGGUGCUCGAAUGGCAGCGUUCCCAAUUGGACGUGACCGGUAUAAAGCGUGAGGGUGAACGUCGUCGACCGCGUCCAGAACGGUUAGAACAUAUUGAAUAUCCUGAACGCCCUGAACGAGGAGUUUCACCUACUGCCAUAGUGGCCGCUCUUGCAGGCACUUCUUCAGAAUCCGACUCUGAAGGUAGCUCCGAACCGCAACCACAACGGUUAACGUUGUCCGAACGCUUCGGCAAGAUGGCACAGUGGUCGCUCGACAGAUCCGCGAGGCUCGAGAACAUGCGGAUCACAAGACGAGAGGCAACUCUUCACGUGAGGAUUGAACGCAUCGAACCCCCAGCCGCCCCAGGAGUCUCGGGAGACGUUCCCGCCGGAAGCUACCCGGAGGAACUCCUCGUUGCAGCACCAGCAGGACUACCUUCAUGGGACGAUGUGCGAGUGAGAUACGACUACUACAAGAAGCGCGGUUACUUGCGAGGGCUGACGCUGCCAGAUUACGUGAAGUGGGAGGAGUGGUGGUACAAGUACCAGGAGUGGCUGAAGCGCGAGCGCGCGUACGAGCGCUGGGCCGAGGGCGGGGAGGGCGCGGUGGGCGGCGGCAGGAGGGAGCGGCGCCGGCGGGGGGGCCGCCACCGCCGCAGCUGA